UAAAUAAAAAAUCAUUAAAAUUUCCGACUCGUUUUACCAUCUCUCUUCUUCUACUCUCUGAUUCUCUCAAAAAUUUCGGGCUGUUCUUUUGCUGUUGGUUUUGUGGGUUUAAUAGAAAUGGCAACUGUCCCGCCACUUACAAAUGGCGUCUCUGAGAUUACUCAAGAGGAAGACGACCCGAUUGUAAAAUCUGUGAAUGAGCAGACAUCAGGUGGUGGACAUAGUAGUAGACGUCCCGAUAUUUCCCUUCAAAUACCCCCGAGAUCGUCGAGUUUUGGUAAAAGCCGUAGCGGGAAAGGUUUACUGCAAUCUCAAGCUUCCAGUAAAGGUGUUUUAUCUCCAGGAAGCUUCUUAAGGGCUUUAAGCUUUAAGAGAAAAGGCAUUACUGCUGAAGGUGAGAGAAGUUCGCUUCUAAGUUCGGACCCGAAGUCAACUGCUGAAACUCCGAUAAUAGCAGCUUUCGCUUCACACUUUUCAUGGAAAAAAUCCAACUCUCUCCCGGUUACUCCAGCCGCAAAUUUGUCCCCCUCGGUUCCCCUCCCCGUCACAACGACCGCAAUCGAUGAAAGGCCAAUCCCACGUAAAGAAGCAGCCCGUGCAGUUUCGAGGUCUCUAUCCGUGCCCAGUAGAAGUAUCGUUAUAGUUCGAUCGACAUCUUUCGCUAUCCCUAAAGCAACUUCUGAGGCGAGUACAAGUUCUGAUCAAGAUGGUUCUGUUACCUUAGAAAAUGAUGAAGAAAUUCCUGAAGAGGAAGCAGUUUGUAGAAUCUGCCUUGAACCAUGCGAAGAAGAAAACACUCUCAAAAUGGAAUGCAGUUGCAAAGGAGCCCUUAGGCUUUUACAUAGAGAUUGUGCAAUAGAAUGGUUUAGCAGAAAAGGAAACAAGAACUGUGAAGUAUGUAGGCAAGAGGUCAAGAAUUUACCCGUCACGUUACUCCGCAUUCCGACCACCUCUCAACGGGACGGUGGACCGCUGCAUAAUCGAGCGGUUUCCCGGUCACAGAUGUUGAGUGCUUGGCAGGACUUUGUGGUGCUUGUUUUAAUCAGCACAAUAUGCUACUUCUUCUUCCUUGAGCAGCUUCUGGUUCAUGACUUGAGGACUAAGGCAAUCAUUUACGCUGUGCCUUCUGCGUUGGUGUUUGGUCUCAUGUCAUCGAUAUUCUCCGUCGUCCUCGCAAUCAAGGAGUAUAUAUGGACAUUUGCAGCUCUAGAGUUCGCACUUGUAGCUGUCAUUCUUCAUCUAUUCUAUACUUUGCUGAAACUGAAGAUCUUAUAUGCCAUAUUGCUGUCUGCAAUCUUGGGUUUUGGUGCAGCUAUGAGCCUGAACUCUGUAUACAUUCAUUACUACAUGUGGCGACUUCGAGUCGCACAAAACCCCAACCCAGUAUGACCUAAUUCCGAAGACGAUAAGCUCGUCUUCUGAAUCUCCCUUUCCGAACAUCUACAUUACCAACGAUAUCCCAAUGAAAGAAGAGCAAAAUGCAGGUAGUUAGCAAGCAAUGACCAUCAUCGUCGAAGAUUCAAGUCAACAUUUAAGUAUGAAUAGACGAGCUCGAGCUGCAACGGAUAACAAUGAAAGAAGAUUAUGCUUGAACUUCGAAGACGAGUAUCCCUUGCAUGACCUAUAUAUUUUGUAUAGCAAAUUGUGUUCAGGACACGACCUAAAUUGCACAUUUCUGCUGUAUUUCUUAGCAAUUCUACGUUCACAAGACUUCAAACUUAAAAGGCCAUAAGAGCAUCGAUUGUGCCGGCUUGUAUAUUUUUAGCAGAAGGUCCAAUCUUGAGUGGUUUUUCAA